AACCUCGUCACUUCAGAUUUUGGUGGAAUCCCGACGCGUCUCCGCUGAUGAUGCUAGUUCGGUUAAAUAAACCGAAGUGACGCUUGAAACGCGGCGAGCAGCGACGACCGCAGCUGCAGCGCCACGGCCGGAGCUGCGGCGGCGGAGGGAACUGCAGCAGAAAGAAAAAGCUCCAGCGGCUCCGUGACAUUUUCUAUCCGGACAUCGCGACCGAAACUCGGUGCAUCCGAGCGCCGAGAUGCCGGGCAUGAUGGACAAGGGCUCCGAGUAUCUGGGGAAAGGUCGAUCCAACGGGACCAAGAGUCCGUCCAACGCGUCCAACGGGGGACAUUUCUCUGAGGACAGCGGCAGCGACGACGAGCACGAUGUGGGGAUGCGGGUCGGAGCGGACUAUCAGGCCAACAUCCCCGAGUUCGAGCCCGGUUCCACUAAGUACCCGGACAAGGACAGUGGAGGGAUGUUGGUCUGGUCCCCGUAUCACUCCAUCCUGGACCCGAAGCUGGACGAGUACAUCGCGUUGGCCAAAGAGAAACACGGAUACAACGUGGAGCAGGCUCUUGGCAUGCUCUUCUGGCACAAACACAACAUAGAGAAGUCUCUGGCCGACCUCCCGAACUUCACGCCGUUUCCUGACGAGUGGACGGUGGAGGACAAGGUUCUGUUCGAACAGGCGUUCAGCUUCCACGGGAAGAGCUUCCACCGCAUCCAGCAGAUGCUGCCGGACAAAUCCAUCUCCAGCCUGGUGAAGUAUUACUACUCGUGGAAGAAGACCCGCUCCCGGACCAGUCUGAUGGACCGACAGGCUCGUAAACUGGCCAACAGGAGCAACCAGGACGUCAGUGACGAGGAGAUGGAGGAGGCGAAUCCCAUCGAGGCCCACGACAGUGACUACGACCCCAACAAGGAAGCAAAGAAAGAGAACCAGGUGGAGCCGGUGGUGCCGGGCUCUAAGGUGGCGCUGGGUCGCCGGGAGCACCAGACCCUGCAGCACCGACACCACCAGCGCUCCCGCUGCCGCCCCCCCAAAGGCAUGUACCUGACGCAGGAGGACGUGGUGGCCGUGUCCUGCAGCGCCUCCGCCGCCAACACCCUCCUCCGCCAGCUGGACAUGGAGCUGGUGUCCCUCAAGAGACAGGUGCAGAACGCCAAGCAGAUGAACAGCGGACUCAAACACCUGCUGGAGUCCGGGAUCGAGGACCUCCGGCUCCCUGAGUGUAACCAGAAGGUGAACGCCCGCUGGACCACGGACGAGCAGCUCCUGGCCGUUCAAGGUGUCCGGAAAUACGGAAAAGACUUUCAGGCCAUCGCAGACGUCAUAGGCAACAAGACGGUCGGCCAGGUGAAGAACUUCUUUGUGAACUACCGACGGCGGUUCAACCUGGAGGAGGUGCUGCAGGAGUGGGAGGCGGAGCAGGGAACACGAGCUCCCAACGGAGACAGCGCCACCUCAGGAGAGGAGGGAAAGAACAGCUCUACCACUCCAUCAGGGAAGAGCACUGACGAGGAAGACGAAGAGGUUCAGGUGACUUCCUCAGGUGCGUCUCCUGCUGCCUCCUCGUCUUCCUCGGCUCAGACUCUGGUGACGUCCAGCAGCUCCUCCUCUUCUCUCCACCAGCCCCCUCCCCUCCUCCGGCCCUCCCUACCAGCCACGCCCUCCCUGCACCGCCAGCCUCCGCCCCUCCAGCAGCAGGCUCGCUUCCUGCAGCCCCGCCCCACGCUGCAGCAGCCCCCGCCUCUCAUCCGCCCCUCCAACCCCCUGCCCCCCCGCCUCAACCCCCGCCCUCCUGCUCCCAUGACCCUCAGUGGGAGCCCGGGGGCGUCAGGGCCGAGCUCCGCCCAGCAGCCCUCGGGCCUGGCCCUCCACCAGUCGGAGACGGCCUCGUCUUCCUCCCUCCACUAACGGAAAGAAAUGAAAGCUCAGUUUCCAUGGAAGCUGCUGCAUUCAGGUCCUGUGGGAAAAUCGGAUUAUUGAGGUUCAAAUAAGCGACAGUUUCACUUCUGACCAACUUCUCCAGUGUUAAACCACAAGAACAUAAAAGUGACUCAUUGACACGGGAUCCAGAAGCAGAUCAGUGCUGAUGUGUUUCCCACAGGACGUAGGUGCAGCACCGGCUGCCUCAGGGACCCUGGUUCUAACAUCUCUGUGUUGUUUGGGAGGUUGGACUGAAACUUAGUCUUAAAACAGAAAUUAAACCUCAACAAACACGUGUUGCAUCCACAGGGUUCCACUCUGGAUCCCCUCUGGUUCUCUGUCUGUGUGUGUCGCCUUAAACACCAACAACAAGGACACAACAGCACCUGGAAAACAUUAUCACUUUAACAUCAUGAACGACCCUUUAAACACAAAAAGACUAACGGCCUUUGCACAUCAACGCGACACAAAUUAAUUAAAAAACUUGAAGGUGAAACUUGAUUUUUCAUAUUUAUAAAAACAUCACUAAGUCCUGCCUCGUACAGAUGAAUUCAUUUCUCAAGCUGGGUGGAGGAGGAAGUUGUUGUUCUACUAGUUCUGUUUCAAAAGGAGAAAAUCCUGAACAACAUGCUUUCUGAUUGGAUGGAUAUUUUACAAUGUACCUUAGUUCAACAAGCCAAAAGCCUCGGUGUCUCUGAAGUACCGCGACAUUGACUCGAUACAGAUUUGGAAUCUAUUAAUAGCAUGAAAUAAAUCCCACAAAGAAAAGGUGUCAGUGUGCGAAGGCCUGAAGAGUCGACUCACGUGCUAGCAGCCUCGUGAGGAUGGAGUUGAAUGUUGAUAUCAGCAGGUUUCAUGUUUACCAUCUUCACAGUCUUCAGCAAACACGCUAACAUUUGUAACUUGAAUCUGUGAUUUCUAAGAGUUUCAAGUUUCAUCUGUUGAGUUGUAUUUUGUAAUGCUUUGUUUCAGGCUUCACAUCGUGAGUAAGAAUUCUUUAACGUGUAAUGAUCUCACAAGCUGUCAUUUAGCGCCACCCUCAGGACAAACGUUACAUUUAUAUCUUGAUUUUAAGAAAAAGAUAAAUCGUUCACAUUGUGGUUGUAAUGAAAACUGCUGCAGCCUCCAGGGGGCGCUAGUUAGACUGUGGACCAUUGUAAAAGGAUCAGACAUCCACACACUAAAAAUAUGAAGCCCAAAUAUCUUGGACACAAACGCUGCCAUCUUGUGGCGAUGACGUCAUUUACAGUCAGAGUCAGUGCAGCAGUGAAAGUGGUAUCAAGGUCCCGCCCAUACAUACUCUCGCCCAAUGAGGAGUGAGACUCAGCUGUCAAUCAUGACGUCUCAGCCAUGUCAUCAAACUGAUUGAAAUCAAACUGAUCUGAGACACUUGAACAAACGUCGGUGAGAUGAGAACUGAAACGACUCCUUUAACGUCUCCUCUGGUUUUAGUUUGGUCCCAUCUGCUAACAUGGAGGAGGCGGGUUUCUUAGCUAUACUGCAGCCGGCCACCAGGGGUUCACACUUUGGCUUCACUUUCGGGAGCUGUCAUGUCGUCCAUCUUUAUUUACAGUCGUUUCUAACUGAAGAUAUAAAUCUGUAGCUUUUAUCAGAGGAUCAAUCUACACGUGGUUCAGGGAUUUCUUGAGAAGAAGAAAACUAGAAAAUCUCCAGACGUGAACAGAUGUUAACAGUUUGAAUGAUUUGUAACCUGCCAUCAAUCAUCAAUCAAUCAAUAACCUGUCGAUCUUUUCACAAAGACUUCACACAGACGUUCUUCAGAAUUAAACAUGUCCUCCAGUCUUAUCGAUGUUCUGUUGUUGGGUUUAAUGUUCUCACGUCGAUGUUUACGUUUGAAAACUAGAAACUCGACUGGUCACCAUCUCUGUUAUUUAUUCUUCUUCUUCUUCCUGGUGCUCUUAAUGCUGAUUGGACGAACAUGUAUCACAACAUUUGAGUUUCAGUAGAAUCUGUAAAAUAUGGAUGUUAACGUGAAGCUGCUGAAGUCUCAUUAAAAACUGCAUUUAUAUCAUCA